ACAAGAAAUAGAAAGGUAAAGAACUAUACGACUGAUGCUCAUAAAUACACACUCCCGUCUGCAGGUGUCUCUCGUGUUAUAUGACCCACCGCAACAUCCCUAAACUCAGGGAACACUAUUUGAACCAGGAAGUUGGGAAAUGUGGAGAUCGGGGACAUGCGUUUAAAGAGCUGUGUUAUAGGACGACGCCGAGGACUCAGCAGCAGCGAGAGAAUGGAAAACGUGAUCAGCUGUUUCAAGAAGAAGUCGGAGGCUUUGGCCAGGCUGAUAUGCUUUCCCUGGGCAGGUGGAGGGUCCAUACAUUAUGCACGCUGGGGAAAAGUCCUUGACAGCUCCAUUGAAGUGUAUGCCAUUAAACUACCAGGCAGAGAAAGCAGAACCAAUGAGCCUUUCUUUCAGAACAUGCAACAGAUUGUAGAUGAGGUCAUUGAUGUGUUGCUACCAGAGCUGAAAGAGAAGCCUUUCGCCCUGUUUGGCCACAGUUUUGGUGCCAUGACCAGCUUUGCCAUAGCAGAUGCUCUGAAGAGACUUCACAACCUUGAACCAGUGCACAUUUUUUUGUCUGGCGCCUCUGCACCAUAUUCAGAGAUGCGCAUCAAUGCUGUAAAGAGAAGCGAACUCUCUGAUGAGGAUUUUCUCAAGUGGUUGAUCUCCAUAGGAGGUACUCCCCCUGAAUUGCUGGCCAAUCCCGAGGUCCUGAAACUUUUCCUCCCUGCACUGAAGGCUGACCUACAAGUAGUUGAAAACUACAGGUGUAAUAAGCCAGAAAGUCCUCUCCUCUCCUGUCCAGUCACAUGCUUUGAUGGAAAGCAGGACAUUCCACAUGACUUACAAGCGUGGAGAGACAUUUCAACGGGAGAUUUCACAGUCCGAAUGCUAGAUGGCUCUCAUUUUUACUUGAAAGAUUCAGGAAAUGAAAAAAUAAUAUUAGAUUAUAUCACAAAGCACCUGGAAACAUGUGAAAUGGACUACUUAUAGUGAAAUACAUUGCGAAAAAUAUUUGCAUUCUUUUUUCUUAUUCUUUUAUUAAUUCUUCUUAAUAGAACGGAGUACUAGAACUGUUUCAGCUGUGUCAAAAUUGUCUGGAAAUAUGCUGGUAAUAUUUAAAUAAACAAUUUUGCAAGAGCAAUUCGAAUCUCAUGGAAUAUGUUGAACAAUGAGCAUUCAUUGAACAAUAGCCUAGCAUCUAGUAGUCUUUUAUUCUUUAAUUAACUUGGUUGCACUUGCUUAAUACAUUUUUAAUAGUUUAUACUUCUGUCUUCAAACUGUCCAUUCAGUCAGUGUUAUGUGCACAUAAGAAAAGUUAUUGCACUGGCUAUUACCUGUAGUACAGAUUUGAGAUGAUGGACAUGUUAAUACAAUGACAAUAGACUUCACUGUUGAAUAUAUACAAUACAUCUUUAUAAUACAAAUAACAUUUACAGUAACCCCAUCCUUCAAGUUUGGAACUUAAACCUCAAGUAUCGCUCUUAGACAAAUGAACAAAAAUACACAAAAACAAUUUUAAAUACAGACUUCACAUUGAUUUCAUUUUCCUCAGUAACUAUGUAUCUAUACUUGGCACAAAAAGUAAGGAAAUGUGUGUUUGGUAGAUUAUUUCUUUGUUGUAACAAUGCUUCUUGGCAAUAAAUCUUAUACCAUUGGAAAGCCUAUUUAUUUCCCUUUUAAAUGGCACCACAUUUGUAAGGAACAUGCAUUUGUGGGAUGGGCAGCAGAGCUGAGUAUGUGGGUUGCGCCCAUUAAAAAUUUGCCAAAUCUUCUCUGCCAAUGCCAAACAGCUUAUUUUGCUGUUGCCAUUGACUCUUGUUUUGAGCUUCUGGUACCCCAGGUGCUGACAAUCAGGUGCCUGAUAUAAGAUUUAUUGCCAAGAAGCAUUGUUACAACAAAGAAAUAAUCUACCAAACACAA